AUGCAGAAUGAUCCAUUAGUUCAGGUGCAAGUUGAUGAGAGUGAAGAUACCGAAUGGAACGAUAUUUUGAGACAGAAGGGUGUGAUUCCUGAGAAGCCACCAUCACCAACUGCCCAACUGGAGGAGGCACUCGAAGAAGCGUUGAAUAAACAGCAUGAAAACAGAUUAGAUGAUAAGGAUUUAUCAGAUUUGGAAGAGCUAGAAGAUGAAGAAGAUGAGGAGUUCUUAAACAUGUACAAACAGAAAAGAUUGAAAGACAUUGCCAAAUUACAGGAGAAAUCAAAAUUUGGUGACGUAUUUGAGAUUAACAAACCGGAAUAUCACUCAGAAAUUACAGAGGCAAGUAUGGGUGGUGCAAAAAGUGGUCACGAAAAUGUGGAAGACGCCGAGGGUGUAUAUGUAUUUGUGCAUCUGUCGCUACAGAGCAAACUGCAAAGUCGAAUAGUGAAUCAUCUUUUCAAAUCUUUAGCUGCAAAAUACCGUGAGAUUAAGUUUGUAGAGAUCAAUGCUCACAGGGCCAUUGAAAAUUAUCCAGAAUCUAAUUGCCCGACAAUUCUAGUCUAUUAUAAAGGUGAUGUGCUUAAAAACCUGAUAACCUUAUUAGAAUUAGGUGGUAAUGAUACGAACUUAAACGAUUUUGAGCAGUUCAUGGUUCGGGUUGGUGCUCUUAAUGAAAAGGACAGUAGACUAAUUAUGAAUCAAGAUGACGAAGAGACUCGGGAAGCUAGAAAAUUAAAUUUUGCUGGUAAAAGCAUUAGAUCUGGUAUCCAGGGAAAAUUCAAUUUGGGUACAGGAGCCGCUUCUGAUGAUGAAGAUGAAGAUGACUUCUUUGAUUAA